CCGACAUGUCUGGCCCAUCUCUUUAACUGAACAAAAGGAACAGACUUUAAAUCACCACGCUGGGAGUUUAAAUGUGCAUAUUGGAUUUUAUUUCGUAGUUUCAUUUCAUCUAGGAUAUUCUAGUCAAGGAGGAUGGACGGUGAUCUACCAGUAUGGCCAGAGGAACGUACAGACUUAAAGUUACAAAUUGCCGAAACCGCAGCCAGGAAGUCCGGAGUAAUAACACCACUGCUGAAGGAGGAACUGUGGACCAAGAUACAACAUUCCCGGUUAGAGAGAGGUUUGGACGAGCUGAAGGUAGAAGUCAAGGAACAUGAGCAAACUCCGUUAACAAGUGAGGAGAAAACGAAAGUGGCACACAGAAGAGAAAAGAACAGAGAAGCUGCAGUAAGGUGUCGCCAGAAACGGAAAUCAAAGCAAAGAGAACUAGAACAGAUUUUGGACAAAGAGAUCGAAAGAAAGAAAUGUCUCACUGAAAAGUACCAGACCCUUCUAGAUCAGAAACACUGGCUAAUGUCGGAAUUGGGACUGACACCAACCUCGCCUCCUAAUCAAGAAUCUGCUCGCCUCUGGAUCCCUACACAGAAUCAAGAACAUUCAUGCAUUUGGACCCCUCACCUUAAGGAAGAGUCUGCACAUUCCUGGACCCCUCCCCCUCAGGAGGAACCAGCACACACUUGGACCCCUCCCCCUAAGGACGAACCUGCGUACACUUGGACCCCUCCCCCUAACAAGUCUGGAAUGUGGACGCCACCCACUCCUUGGUGUAUAACUCCGCCCCCUAAGGAGAAAGGCACAUGUAUCUGGACACAACAGACCCCGGCGGACGAGGAAGCCUGCCCUCCCCCACCGGAGUGUUUCAGUUGGUUGGAUGACGAACUACAGGUGGUGCCAGGGGAGGGAUGCUCUACCAUUCAUCUCUGAUGACAUUUGCUAAUAUAGAAGAAUAUUUUUGAUCUAAAAUGCUGAAUCAGGUAUUUUCAUGACAUGUACAAAGAUUCUUUAAACGACAUCGCGGUAAUUAUGUACAGGGAGAAGUAUGGAGUGUGUUGUUACACUUUUACCUCGGGCUAGCCGGAGAAAGCUAAUUUUAAGAUGUCCGCUUACAGAGUUAAAAGUAAAAGAGAAUAAGUAUAUCCGAACAGGAAUAAUUUCCAUCUCUCCAUCUAACCGAUCAUUCCCGUCGCUACAUAUCUUAUGUUGAUUUUAAUAUAGGCAAUAUACUGUGUUCUUAGGCCGGGCUUGAUAAUAUGGUCAGAAAAAUUGCUCAAUAUAUCAGUUGUUUUCGAAUUCAGUUAGAAGUUAUUUAGAAAAAAACAUAAUAUAGUUUUAUCGAUGGAGAUUUUAAUAUAGUAUAGCAUUGGAGAGAGAUAUAACACUAUACAGCCCAGUGGUACGUCCCGGAGAAAAGCAACCAAGAAAAACUAAUAUUGUUUAGAUAUCCACUUUGCAAUAUUCAAUAGCAAUAUAAUUGCUUACCGGUUCUAAAGGAGGAAAAAUCGUGGAGUGAAAUGAAAUUUCGGGUGUUGAAAUAUGAAUAUGCUUAAAUACAAAAUGUACAAUAUAUUGUCCACUGGGCUGGACUAUUAUAAGGUGAACUACUGAGGUUAGUCACAGUUCAAUGGGUACUACAUAUAAGGUGGUUUCCUAUGUUAAGUUUGUACUAUAACUACUGAGGUUAGUCACAGCUCAAUGGGUACCCGGUAAAGUCUUUCUGUUGGACACUAAAUCAUUCAGAAUUCCCUAACAGUUCAACAAGUACAAUUUGGUGCAAUUGUGUAUAGUUUUUAUUAGUUUGGUCUAAGAGUUUUCACAUAACUUUUAAAGUCUAUCCCAACACAGGAACCGUGUAGACACUGACAUGUUAGCUCCAGGGUAACACAAUGUACUAAGAGCAGCCUUGACGGCGAGUACCAAACUACAUAUUAUGUAAAUGAGAUAACCGAUCUUACCCAAUAGGUACACUCACUGAUGUUGACGUCAUACUAAUAUUGGUGUAUAAAGGGCUCGCACAACUAAAUGAGCCAAUCAGCUGCUGUUUCGUCUGAACAAAGUCCCGAACGAAAACGUGUUUCUGAGGUGUUUUUUUUAGCGUUUUUUUGGGGGGUGUUAUUAAGGUGUGGAAUGGGUUAUAUACUAGAAUAAAAAGUUAUGCCUUAAGACUUGAAAAACAAAAAUAUACACUCCUACUGAAAAUAGAAUGACGUAGGAGUACAGGUGUAAACAGGCUGGGAUUCCCCAGGUGGGGGUUCCUCCGUCCACUGUAAAUGCCAAGAGUUACUGUCUUUCGAGUACCCGUGUGGUCUUAUUUGCCAUCAAACCUAUACAAUAAGAUCAUUUCUCAGGUAGCGAAACUUAAAACUUUAAUUUGAUAUAAAUUUCACCCACAUCAUUUGAACUUCAAAUGAGCGAAUGAGGGGAUGGAGUCACUAAAAACAACGUUAAGUAUAAUAUUUAGUUGUGCGAGUCCUAAAGCCAAUUUACAUGUUCAAACGAUGUUCAAUUAACAUUCUGUUUCAACUUUUGUUUUUAUUUUUUUUUCAUAAUUAUGAUUAAGAUUUUAUUUUUGGUUUAUUUGUUACGGUUUAUUGGUGAAAUAUACCUUAAACUGUUAUCAUGGAACAUUUCCCAAGACUAUUCCCGUGGGGAAAACUUGUCUGAAUGACUGUCAGAAAAAUACAUUGUAUUGACGAAUCUCUGUGUGAACUUCAUUUGUGUGAAAAUGCUAUUGACAGUUGGAUGUAUAUAAGAUAUAUGCAAUAAUUAUGUAGAACGCCAGUGAGGACACAGGUGAUUGCAUGUAGAGAUUUUUUACUAUAGUGCUGUAAAGAUGUUAUUAUAUAGAAGCAUGUAAAGACUGACGAAUGUUUUCAUUUUACAAAAUGUACGCGAUUACGAGGCACGGAGUACACUGUAACAUGCAUGACUGAUUUGGUCAGAUGUUGACACUGUACGAUUGUAGAUAUGAUGUAAGUAACAUGUAAAUCUCCACUAUCAUAACUCAUUGUAUUCUCGCUUCAUUAUAAUAGCCUGUAAUCGUAUAGUGUUAGUGCUUCCCAGUCAGUAAGUCGCGCUGUGUGAGGUGACCAGUAUAGGGGGACGUGCACGUGUAAUACAUGGCAGUAUGUUUGUUGUAGAUUUUUGUUGACUAUGUUGAUAUUGGCUUGUUUUGUUAUGUUUCGUUUGAAGAUACCGUAUUUUGGUUUAGGACCACAGAUUGUCAAACACGUGAGAUUUUUAUGUUGUUGUUAUUGUCAUGUUACCCUAUGUAGACUGAGUAACCUCUCCGAAUCAUUCCAGAGGCUAUUGAUCAUUUUAAAUUCAUUUUUUUCAACCUCAUCUUGCUUCCUUCCUCAAAUCCUCUCUUUCCUAUCCCUACCGUUUAUUUACUCUGUCCCCUUGUAACGGUACGAGAACUUCACCCAUGGUUUAGGACAAAGCUUGGUUUUUAUUUUUGUUGUACUAGUCUCAAUGUUUUUUUUAUAAAGAUUUAGUUUACUCGAUGUUGUUUGUGUACAUUGUGCUGUGUAUACUUGUUUUGUGCGCAUGUGUACAAAUAGCAUGAAUGAGAUAGGGCAUUGUGUAUCCUGGGCAGGACACGUGACUCAAACCCCGCAACUCAGGUGGUCUUUUUGAAUUGUAGUACCAGAGGAUGACAUUUUGCUAUUCAUAAAGAAAUAACAUUAAAGAGAAUUGAUUUUACAUUCUACAUGUACAUAACACAGUACUCUUUGGAAUGUAACUUCCUACUACAAAAUGUCCAUAGAAGAUGUUGUGAAAAUGGCUACUGUGUAGAAUAUGUUGUGAGUGGAAUCUGUGGUUAAGUCAGAUAUUACAAUUUGUUUUCAAAACAUGCCAGUGUUGUACAGAAUUAUCUGUAUAAAGAUUUUUACACUUUUAUAUUUGUUAAUAAGAGAAAAUAAAAUUACGAAACGUA